AUGGCGAGAAGCUCAAAGGUGAACUCACUUUCCUACGCGGUACCCGAUGUUCGAGCUAGCAAUAAGCUUUGCAAUAAGGACAAGAAUGAAUUCAUCAGCUAUGUAUCCGGACCCGACCAAGACCGGUUUAAACGGCAAGAUAUUUCCUUAAUAGUGCAAAGGAACCUGGGCAAAGAGGACACUGCGAUAGUGCUGGAGCCUCUUUCCGAGACAAUAGUUGUGUCACCAUCCAUUGUCGGCCCAAAUUCACCAGUUCAUCUGUUCGUCGUUGAUCCUCAGAGACUCCGAAAUGAAGGUGGAGAGAGCCUGAAGCUACAAGCCACAACGUUGGUAUCCGGCAAGGAAGUGCAAGUACCACUAGAAGUGAAGGCCGAAAUUAGUGAGCACCCUAUCGAUGCCGUGCCAUUCUUCGAAAAAGACGACUAUAAAUUGCUUUUGGAGCAUAACUUCGAGAAUAACGAAGUUGCUAUCGUCAAGGGCAGUGACAGAUUGCGUUUUCUCGGCGCUCCCUAUGAUGCCAUAGUGGAAGAAGAAACAGGCCUGUUCGAAAAGGCGCUGAAAGUAAGAACCUCGGGAGCAAAUGGAGAAGUACUGUAUACACUUCAAGACCCUUCAGGGUUGUUUUCUAUACAUCCCGAAAUUGGUCUACUCACGGUACAACAUCCCGAAUUCCUAACACAAGCUGGCUUCCGAUCUCAGUUCAACCUCACAGUGACAGCAACGGAUAAGAAAUCCCAAGUCAAAUCUCCUAUCAGCAUCUCUCUGCUUGCCGCAGCUCAACGUCCUAAAAUUUUCAGCUUUGUCAAAGUACGUUGGUUGAUUUUGACAGUCCAGGACUCUUAUUCAUUCACUGUGGCCGCUGGUGUAAGCCUAAUCGGCAUGAUGGAACUGGUUGGUGCCGAAAAUAAUACGAUCGAGUUUGGUAUCGCCGAAGGUGGACAGGGUGCAGUGAAUAUUGACGACCAGGGCGUGUUGUACUAUCAGCGCGAGCCUGAAAAGGAGUCAAGGAAUUUCACAGUUCUGGUUCUUGCUCGUUCAACUGUUGGACAAUAUCUCGCGGCGACGACUUGGGUUGAAGUAUUCAUUGAAGGCUUGCACUCCAAUCCUCCAUUGGUUAUUGAUGGCACUGAACAAAUGAUCGCAGUUGAUGCACGUUUCCCGGAAAAUUUCGAGUUCCGUGAGAAAGAUCAAGUACAUAUUGACUACAAUAUGAUUUCAUUCUGCUAA